ACUAUAUCCCAAACCAAAGCAAGCUGAGAGAGAGAGAGAGAGACAGAAUGGAACCGCUCGACGAAACGUUGAGUGGCCAAGCCCAAGUAUGGAAGCACAUGUUUGCGGUGGCGGACUCAAUGGCGCUGAAGUGCGCGGUGGAGCUCCGGAUACCCGACAUCAUCCACUCGCAGGCCGGGGGGCCAGUCACCUUGGCCCAAAUAGCCUCCCGCUUCCCCACUCCAUCUCCCAAAACCGCCUACCUCGCCCGCGUCAUGCGGCUCCUGGUUCGCAAGAACAUCUUCUCCGCGCACCGCGAUGGUGGAGAGAUGCUCUACGGCCUCGCCCCGUCGUCAAGAUGGCUCUUGCAGGACGCCAGCCACCUCAGCCUUGCGCCAAUGGUGCUGCUGCAGGGCCACCCGACAGUGGUGUCCGCGUGGCACUACCUCGGAGACUGCGUCAAGGACGAGGGAUCGGCCGGGUUCAAGAGGGCUAAUGGCCACGAUUUGUGGGAUUUGCAGCUGGAGAACCCCGAGUACAACCGCAUAUUCAACGAUGCCAUGGCGUGCACGAACAAGUUCAUGAUGAAAGCCAUCGUGGAUGCGUGCAAAGAGGGGUUCGAGCGCGUGGGAUCGCUGGUGGACGUUGGAGGCGGGACAGGCGUCGCUGUGGCCGAGAUAGUGAGGUCAUACCCGCACAUCAAGGGGAUUAACUUCGACCGGCCUAACGUUAUUGCUGAUGCGCCGGUGUGUGGCGGGGUCUCUCAUGUCGGGGGAGACAUGUUCGAGGCCAUUCCGAGUGCUGAUGCUGUUUUCAUGAAGUGGAUCCUGCACGAUUGGAAUGAUGAAGAUUGUGUGAAGAUUCUGAAGAACUGCAAGAAAGCCAUACCGGAAAAGAAUGGCAUGGUGCUCAUAGCGGAAGUUGUGUUGCAACCGGAGGGCGAUGGCCUAUUCGAUGAGACCGGGCUAGUGUUGGAUCUCCUCAUGAUCACGCAUACCGGAGGUAAAGAGAGGAGCGAACUGGAAUGGAAGAAGAUUUUAGAGGAAGGAGGCUUCCCUCGCUACAACAUCGUCCAAAUCCCUUCCUUACUGUCCGUCAUUGAAGCCUUCCCACUGUGAUUGUGGUUCUUUCUGAGCUUGACUA